GCCGCUGUACCUUUGUGAAGACGUGUGACUGGACAAUGAGGGUUGUUGUUGGUUUGCUGUUGCUGCUGCUCGGUCUGUGUGGGUCAGGGGCUCAGGGGGAGGGUGGAGGCCUCGGUGAGGCGGGUGAGAUCAGCCAGUUUCAGGAGAAAGCUCCAAGAGAUGCAGCUGAGGAACCGACCACAAAGCAAACCACCCCUGACAUCUGGGCGGAGGUGAGGGCGCUGAGAGACAUGGUGGUGGAGCUCAAGGUGCAUGUGGAGCUGCUGCAGAGAGAGAACUCUGUCCAAGCCACAGAGCUGAUAUCACUGGGAACUAGACUGACCGCCUCCGAGAGCAAAACAAGUGACCUAGAAAAAGAGAAUGCAGACUUGCAGACCAGACUGAGCAGCAGUGAGAGUGAACUUCUCAUUAGCAAGUCCAGGAUUGAUCAGCUGGAGAGAGAAAAUGCAGAGUUGCAGACCAGACUGAACAACAGUGAGAGGGAACUUCAUGAUAGCAAGUCCAGGAUUGAUCAGCUAGAGAGGCUAAAUGCAGAGAGACCAAAGGUGGCCUUCUACGCAGCUCUGAUUGAUGCAGGACAUUUUGGACCGUACAACACAGACAUCACACUGAAAUACAGCAAGGUCUUCACCAACAUCGGCAAUGCUUACAAUCCAGCUACAGGUUUCUUCACAGCACCAGUCAAUGGGGUCUACUCUCUCCAGUUCACUGUGUCUGGUGGCAAUACAGGUUAUAUGGGUGUAAAAUUGUACAGGAACAGCCGGCAGAUUAUGUUUAAUGUUGAAUGGAAGGAAAAAAAUACUGAUCUUCAGUAUUUGACUAACUCUGUUAUCUUGGAGCUGAUGGCAGGAGAUACAGUUCACCUGGUUCUCCCAUCAAGCUAUUCUGUCUUUGACAGUGUAAAUAACCACAACACCUUCAGUGGCUCUCUUCUCUUCACACUGUAAGAACCGUUCAGGCUGCUGUGUUAUUGAUUUAUCAUAAACUCUGUUUUUUAUUGAAUCCACUGUGAUUCUGUAGAAAAUGCUGAUAAAUCUCUGCACCACUGUCUAAGACAAAUGUCUGUGCAUUUGCUGCCUGUAUCAAAUAAUGGGAUUCUGAAUCUGACUUCACGUUGUGUCAUCACAUGGAAACAUUCAAAUAAAUCAAAGACUGAA